AUGGCUUCUUCUUGCAAUAGAUUCAUGAACAGAUCCUCCGUCUCUUCUCUCAGAUCCGUCAUCAGAUCUUCGCUUCUCAAAUCUCCAAUUGGCUCCGGAUCUUCUCCUACCUCCGCCUCAUCCGCCGGAUUUCGUAUCCCGUCUAAACCCGCCGCUUCUCCCAGAUUCUCCUUCUCCAGGUGUCCAUCUGAGCUUGGUUGUGUUCAGUCUCUGUUACCGCUUCACAGCACUGUGGCUGCCGCUCGUUUGACGUCUUGCCUUAGCACAACUUCCAGAAGCAGCCGAGCUCUCUCUCAGGGUACUCUCUGCUGCACCUGUCCCGACCUCUAA